AUGUCUGAUUCUGAUACAAUUUUCAUAACUCAGUCGACUGUCGUGGAGCGAUUAAGUAAAGGUUCUGAUACCGAUACUAUCCUUAAUGAUGUAUUAGACAUGCAGGAAAAUAACCGCCCAAAUUUUGAACUCAAAAGCAGUCUGUUUUCUGACAUUUCGUCUGCAGAUGAUGAAAACCUUCUUCAGUGCUCAAUGGAUAUGGAGAGAAUGGAUACUAGAUUCCGAAUUCCCUUGAAAGCUCAAGAUCUACAGCAAAUGGUGGAAAAUGGCAAGUCUACUAAAACUGAGAGCAAGACACGGUGGGCAAUAAACCUGUUUCAUAACUGGCAGAAACAGCGCGAACAAUUGACAAAGAACAGAAAGUAUUCCAAUCCAAUUCUGAAAAUGUCCAAUUCCCUUCUGAAUGAAGCCUUAAGUUUUUUCAUUGGUGAGGUUAGAAGUGAAGCUGGGUCAGAGUAUAGACCAAAUACUAUUUAUGAACUGGUAGUGUCAAUCCAACAUCAUUUCAGGACCAAUGGACGGUUUAUCAGCUUUCUGGAUGACCAAAGUUUUGCAGGAAUGAAAGCAGUGUUGGAUUCCAAAAUGAAGGAAUUAUCCAAGAAAGGCAUGGGACUACAACGACGACAGGCAGAUGUAAUCAGCCAAGUACAAGAGGAGGACAUGUGGAGAACAAAUAUCUUGGGAUCUGAUGCUCCUCAAAAACUAUUGGACACUAUGGUGUUCAUGAUCGGGUUGAAUUUUGCUCUGCUAGCAGGUCAGGAACAUCGUAAUUUACGAUUUGGUGGACAUUCACAAAUUUGCAUCAGAGUGGACAACGAGAAUCGUAGAUACCUGGAAUACACUGAAGAUGUGUCAAAAACAAACCGUGGCGUAUCCUUCAUCGAAAGCUGGACCCAAAAAUUACAAGGGCUUAUGAAAAUCUAA